AUGACACUGAUGAUGGCCCAAAAACAUAUGAAGUCAAAGGGGGAGUUCCACAAGGAUCGGGUUCUGAAAUUAAAACUUCCAGCAAAAACAACAAUCGUAGGUUAUGCGGACGACAUUGCGGUAGUUGUAGUUGACAAGCGACUGGAUCAUCUAGAAGCCAAAUGCAAUGAUGCGGCAACGAGAAUACAGCGUUGGCUCAGCAAUGCAGGUCUAGAGCUGGCAGCCCAAAAAACGGAGGCAGUACUGAUAAGUGCUCGGAAGAAAAAGGCGACCAUGAAACUCUCAGUUGGUGGACACGAGAUACUCUCAAAGGAGGCAAUAAAAUACCUAGGUGUAAUGAUCGACACGAGAUUGAGCUUUAAGCAACAUCUAGCAGCAGUUAAUAACAAAGCAGCGGCGGUAAUGGGCGCUCUCACAAAAAUACUACCGAAUAUAGGUGGUCCACAAAGGGAAAGAAGGCAACUAUUAUCAACAGUCGUGGACUCAAUCAUACUCUAUGCGGCACCGGUAUGGGCAGAAGCAAAGAACAUUCACAUGCGUGAAGUGAUACUCACCGGUCAUGGCUGCUUUAUGGGAUAUCUCCACCGCUUUCAGCUGGCAGAAAGCCCACUCUGCCCAAGCUGUCCUAGUGCAAUCGAAAGCGCGGAACUCGUGGCUUUUCAUUGUGAUCGCUUCGCACGAGAACGUGCAAUACUGGAAAGGGUUUUGGGACACUCAGCUAGUCCUAAUGACAUCGUACAGGACAUGUGCUCAUCCAGUGCUAAAUGGGUGGCGGUUCGAGCGUUUACUGGAAAAAUUAUGCUACGACUCCAAUUCAUUGAAUGGGAGCGCAAGACCCAGCAACAGCAACUACAGUUGCAAUUACGAAAUGGAGAUGAACUGUUUUCGGACAGAAUGACGACAAACACAGACACUUGA